UGUAAUGCCGCCCUCCUGCACAGAGGGCGUGUUGCCUUGAAUCAGCCGCACUGAGCGGGGAGCGUGAGGGGAGCAGGUCUGGAUGAAGGCUGAUUAUUAUUCCUGGACUCAGACACUUGUGAUGAUGGCGGCCGAUGAGAAUGAAGAAAUGCGAAGCCUGGAGCUCAGUGGCCAAGUGGGGUUCAACAGCCUUCCUCAUCAAGUGGUCAGGAAGUUAGUUUCUCAGGGAUUUUGCUUCAACAUCCUCUGUGUAGGUGAAACAGGAAUAGGCAAAUCAACCCUGAUCAACACGCUUUUCAACACAACAUUUGAAAACGAGGAAGCUGAUCACUACGAGCGAGAAGUGAAGCUGCGUUCGCAGACGUACGAGCUGCAGGAGCACACUGUCAAACUGAAGCUGACUAUUGUGCACACUGUAGGCUUUGGAGACCAGAUCAACAAGGAUGAAAGCUGCAAACCCAUUCUUGACUAUAUCGAAGGCCAGUUUGAGAAAUAUCUGGAAGAGGAGCUAAAAAUAAAACGUUCCCUCUCCAACUAUGAUGACACCAGAAUCCACAUCUGCCUGUAUUUCAUUGCUCCCACCGGGCAUACCCUUAAAUCUCUUGAUCUGGUUAUGAUGAAGAAGCUGGACAGCAAGGUCAACAUCAUUCCCAUUAUUGCAAAGGCAGACAUCAUGUCAAAGACCGACCUGGGAAACUUAAAGAAGAAGAUCAUGACUGAGCUGCAGAGCUACGGCGUGCAGAUAUAUCAGUUUCCGAACGAGGAUGAGGAAGUUGGAGAGAUAAACUCUUCCUUAAAUGCUCGCCUUCCCUUUGCUGUCGUUGGAAGCACGGAGGAUGUUAAAAUAGGGAACAGAAUGGUGAAAGCAAGGUCGUACCCCUGGGGAGCUGUACAGGUGGAAAACGAAGAGCACUGUGACUUUGUUCAUCUGAGAGAGAUGCUUCUGCGCGUUAACAUGGAUGAUCUCCGGGAGCAAACACACUCUCGUCACUACGAACUCUAUCGCCGCUGCAAGCUACAAGAGAUGGGCUUCAAGGACACUGACCCUGACAGCCAGUCGUUCAGCCUGCAGGAGAUGUAUGAGGCCAAAAGAAGGGAGUUCUUCAAAGAGCUGCAGCACAGAGAGGAAUCAAUGAGACAGAUGUUUGUUAACAAAGUGAAAGAAACGGAAGCUGAGCUGAAAGAAAAAGAAAAAGAGCUUCACGAGAGAUUCGAAGUGCUGAAGCGCAUGCACCAGGAAGAAAAGAGGAAUCUGGAGGAGAAAAGGCGAGAACUGGAAGAAGAGAUGAAUGCUUUCAACAGGAGGAAGGUGGCAGCUGAAACGCUGAUGGGACAAGCGCUGCAGGGAUGUUCACAACAGCCGCUCAAAAAGGAAAAGGACAAAAAGAACUUCUUCAGUCUCCCCUCUGCGUGCUCCUUAAGCUCAGGAAGGAACCUGAAUUAGAAGACUUUCUAGCGCAUGAGAACAUCAGACUAACAAUCAAGUGUUUUUAUUUUUACAAUGUUUAAUAAAGUUUUUAUAGAACUAAAACAAGCUUCAAGGUGAGUCAACCUGAUGUCUUCAACGUCAUCUACAACUUUAUCUGCACACUUUUAAACAACGUGCUGUGGCAUUGUCUCUGCAUGGCUCCUGAACUUGAUUCCUGCAAGUACUAAGACGUCCGCUUCGCCAAAAUGUGUUUUGUACUACAGUGCCUUGCAAAAGUGUUCAUACUUCUUGAAGUUUUCCAGAAAUUGUUUAUGUUACAGCCACUAACUUCUGUAUCUUUUAUCAUGCUAUUAUAUUAUAUAAAAGAGCAAUGCAAAGUAGUACAUGUUGUGCAGUGGAACGGAAAUUAGACAUGGUUUUCAAAUUUUAUUUCUUUUGUAAAUAAAUAUCUGUGGUGUGCAUCUGUAUUUAGUCCUUUUAAGGUCAAUAUGUUCUAAAGUAGCUUUGUGCUGCUGGUAUGGCUUCUUUGCAGAUCUAAAAAUCAAAAUUUUAAACCUGUUCAAACUCAAUCAGUUUGGAUAUAGAGCAUCCUGUCUGCUGUGUUCCUUUGUCUGCAAAAGGAUCUUUGUUAUUAACUAAUGUUUUCUAAAAAACUAAGCAUCGGAGUACCAUAUACAGUGAGAUGGUGUUAGCCAUGGGUCGGACUCUUUAGAUAAUCAUGACUUCUGAAGGAACUGGUUGCAGUGAAUUUUAUUAAGAAAUUCUAGAGUAAAGAAACCCAUGCAACACUUUUUAUUUUUUAUAAAACGCUGAAACCAUGCAUCAUUUUCCUUAAACUUUAGAAUCAUGUGAUAUUUUGUGUUGCUCUAUCACAUAAAAUCCCAUUUAGGUUUGUGGUUGUAACAUAACAUAUUGAAAACUGAAUAUUUUUGCAAGACAAAUUUAAUGUGUAAUCAUCCUGUUCUUGCCUUGUAUUGCUUGUAAAUGGAAUGUUAAAAAAUUCACUGUGAGAUAUGUAAUACCCUCAUGUGCUAAUGCUGUCAAAUGACUUCUUGUUUGUAGCCAUGUUAUGAUUUAGAAGCACUUUAAAUGAACUGUAGUUCAGAAACUAUAUUGAUAUAUAUUUAAAACAAUGAAUGGUGUCUUGCUAUUCAAACAUUUAUAUUCUUAUAUAAUUUCUUAAAGAUGUAUAUGUAAUAUUUAAGACUUUAAACUAGAAAUGUUGAGUAUGCUGUUAUAACAUAAAAAGACUGGAUUUGAAUAAAUGCAGGAUUAAAAUCUCCUAAUGUUAAUAAAUCCUGAUGCCAGAUUUGUGUUGACUUGAUCACUUCCAGAUUAGAAGUGUGAUUCAAUAAAGUUUUUUCUUUUGAAAUGCA